AUGUCUCAUACCGUGCCACAAUUGAAAGACAAGUCUUUAUUCAUUGGGAAAUGCCACAUCAACGGCGAAUGGGUUGGGGCUCAAUCCGGCAAGACCUUUGAGGUCACUGAUCCAGCAACCGACAAAGUCAUCGGGACAUGCCCAGAAUUCAGCGCAAAAGACACCGAGAGAGCCAUCAAGGCAGCCUCAGAUGCAUUUCCGAUCUUUCGCAAAACGCUAGUACGCGAAAGGUCUCGGUUGUUGAGGUGUUGGAAUGACCUCAUCCUGCAAAAUCUGGACGACUUGGCGACUUUGAUAACUUGGGAGAAUGGGAAACCGUUUGCAGAGGCCCAAGGCGAGGUCAAAUAUGCUGCAGCUUUCAUUGAAUGGUUCAGCGAGGAGGCUCCCCGGUUGUACGCUGAUACAAUUCCUACAUCCAUUCCGGGUAACCGAGUUUUAACAGUCAAGGAACCUGUGGGUGUCUGCGGCUUAAUCACUCCGUGGAACUUCCCUGCCGCCAUGAUCACCCGUAAGAUUGGCCCGGCAUUGGCGGCUGGUUGUACGGUUGUUGCGAAAAGCCCCGGGGAGACUCCAUUCACCGCUAAUGCCCUUGCGGAACUCGCCCUUCGAGCAGGCAUCCCUAAAGGUGUGAUAAACAUCGUGACUGCGCUGGAAAAUACGCCCGAGGUGGGCCACACUCUCACCACUCAUCCGGAUAUUAAGAAGGUGUCGUUUACGGGCUCAACCCGUGUGGGCAAACUCCUAAUGGGACAGGCCUCCUCUAGUGUGAAGCGAGUGUCGUGGGAACUUGGUGGCAAUGCUCCAUUCAUCGUCUUUGAUGAUGUGGAGGAUAUCGAUAUCGCAGUCGCUGGUGCUCUUGCAUCGAAGUUCCGGGGUACAGGACAAACCUGCGUCUGCGCCAAUCGAAUAUACGUCCAACGAUCUCAUUAUGAGGCCUUUGCAGAGCGGCUUGUCAAGCGCAUCAAGAACUUCACUGUCGGGCCUGGAUUCGUCGAGGGUGUCACUCAUGGGCCUCUCAUCCACCGCGCUGCUGCACAAAAAGUUGCCGAUCACGUUGCGGACGCUAAAUCCAAAGGUGCUCGUGUCCUUCUGGGUGGGAGUUUAAUUGAUGAGCUGGGUCCCACCUUCUUUCAGCCUACGGUCUUGGCUGACAUGACCCAUGAUAUGCGCAUCGCUCAUGAAGAAACUUUUGGGCCCAUAGCAGCGCUAUUCCCCUUUGAUACUGAAGAAGAGGUGGUCCAGCUAGCUAACCGCUGCGAGGUUGGCCUGGCAGCGUAUAUCUUCAGUGAUAACAUCAGGAGAGUCUUCCGCGUAGCGGAAGCUCUCGAGGUUGGUAUGGUGGGUGUCAACACCGGCUCUGUCAGUGAUGUCGCUGCUCCAUUUGGUGGCGUGAAAGAGAGCGGAUUUGGCCGCGAAGGGAGCAAGUACGGAAUUGAGGAAUUUGUGAAUGUCAAAAGCAUCACCUUAGGUGGAAUAUUAUAA